AUGCAGCUCAGAAAUCCCUCUGGGCCUCACCACUGCAGCAGUGGCUGAGUACCACCUCGGAGCUUUUCUACCACUUCCAGACUCAAUUUACUCCAGGCGAGGGCGCCUGCAGUUCAGCAGAACUUCAGGGGGAGCAGAGAGGCUCAGCUAUCUACUGCGGCUUGACACUGACCCUAUCCACUGCUGCUUGACACUGACCGACCUGCUGAUCUCUAUUCUUUUGAGUCCGGAGAACUAGGAUGGCGCCUCAUCCCUUGGAUGCACUCACCAUCCAAGUGCCCCGAGAGACACAACAACCUUUUCCCGGAGCCUCGGACCACGAAAUGCUCAGUUCCAAUUCCACCCCACCUAGCCCCACUCUCAUACCUAGGGGCUGCUCCGAAGCAGAAGCGGGUGACUGCCGAGGGACCUCGAGGAAGCUCCGCACCCGACGCGGAGGGCGCAACAGGCCCAAGAGCGAGUUGGCACUGAGCAAACAGCGAAGAAGCCGGCGCAAGAAGGCCAAUGACCGGGAGCGCAAUCGCAUGCACAACCUCAACUCGGCGCUGGAUGCGCUGCGCGGUGUCCUGCCCACCUUCCCGGAUGACGCCAAACUUACAAAGAUCGAGACCCUGCGCUUCGCCCACAACUACAUCUGGGCACUGACUCAGACGCUGCGCAUAGCGGACCACAGCUUCUACGGCCCGGAGCCCCCUGUGCCCUGUGGGGAGCUGGGGAGCCCUGGAGGUGGCUCCAACGGGGACUGGGGCUCUAUCUACUCCCCAGUCUCCCAAGCGGGUAACCUGAGCCCCACGGCCUCAUUGGAGGAAUUCCCUGGCCUGCAGGUGCCCAGCUCCCCAUCCUGUCUGCUCCCGGGAGCUCUGGUGUUCUCAGACUUCUUGUGAAGAGACCUGUCUGGCUCUGGGUGGUGGGUGCUAGUAGAAAGGGAGGGGACCAGAGCCAUCUGGAGUGGGAGGUAGUGGAGGCCCUCAAGCAUCUCACCUCUUCUAGCUUUCACUACUUGGAUCACUAGCCCUCUCACUGGGCCUCACUAGGCUUCUCAUCGGUACCCUUGCUGCUGCGCACAGCAGACACUGGGGGCUGCUCUUCUCUUAACCCUUCUCGGUGCAGCCACCUCAAACUCUCGCUCCAAGCAUUUGAGAAUGGUAGCACUACCUAGUCGGAGACUCCCAUACUUCCUAGUGAGUCCGCCCUCAUUCAAAUCCGUGGGCCUCCAACCAUCCAUCACUUUUUCCAGGGUGACCUAAUCCAGUGUUGAGUCUUACCUCACUGGCUCCUCCAUCCAGCUCUUGGCCCAUAGAUGAUGUUCAUCGUCUUUACUGCAGAGUUUCUGAGCUUCUCCAUUCUGCCUUAGUCCACGAAGGUGAUCUGCCUUCUUCUGCACUUUUCGAGUCAUUACCCUUUCCCCAGGGGAGACCGGGCUGUGAACCGGAAAGCCCUAGCCUAUGGCUAGAGCAAUCUCUCCAACUUGUCUCCCGUGUCUAAAGUGUGAGUUGCAGGGACGGGUUCCUGAAGCACUGUUUGUCUCCCU